GGUGCGGGCCAAGGUGGGACGGUUCUGCCUCGUGAGUACUCAGUGCGCGCGCUCCAGUUUCCAUAUCACUGACACUUAAAUUCAUUCUCCGGUCCACGAGACGGACAUGCAUUACGAAGCGCGCACGAGCAGCGAGGAAAGGCUCCAACAUGCACGCCGACAACCAUCAAAUGACACCAAACACGUGCUGUCAUAUUGAGCUGGUGUAGAUCCAAAAUUAAUUAGGAGCGUAGCUCGGUCGCGCAGCAGCAGCUUGUUUGUGUUUGCAGCCUGCAGUCAGCUGCUGGGGACGCGGUGGAAGAUGAGGCUUGGAAGCAUCGUUUUAUUCGUCGCUCUCUGCUCUUUAUCCGCUUAUUACAUCUAUGAGCCCAUUCCCGAGGAGAUAGAGGAGAGAUGGAAACUCAUGCUGACCAACUCUUUCUUCAGAAGUCUCAGCCACCUGGCAGACUUCAGUGAGCUGGUGGGUCUGAAGGACUACAUGGGGGUGAUGUACUUCAUCACUCUGGCUGAGAGAGUGGUGCCGCUGUCCGACCAGCAUGUCAAGGUGACGGAGCAGAAAUUUGAUGGAGUGGAGGUGGUGCUGUACCAGCCUCAGCACCGAGGUGGAGACAGAGAGCUGAGCAGAGCUGUGAUCUACCUGCAUGGUGGAGGGUGGUGCCUGGGCAGCUCCCGGAUGAGUCCAUAUGAUCUCCUCGCCAGAAAAAUAGUCACAGAGAUGGAUGCAGUGGUUCUCUCUGUGGAGUACCGUCUGGCUCCUGCUCACCACUUCCCCGUCCCGUAUGAAGACGUGUACCGGGUGGUGAAACACUUCCUCCAGGAGGACGUGCUGGCCCAGUACCAUGUGGACCCUGAACGCAUCGCUGUGUCUGGAGACAGUGCUGGAGGGAACCUGGCUGCUGCUGUCUCCCAGCAGUUACAGAAGGAGCCUGGCCAGCAGGUCCAGCUGAAGGCCCAGGCCCUGAUCUACCCCGUGCUGCAGGCUCUGGACCUCAACACGCCGUCCUACCAGCAGAACCGGGACAUGCCCAUCCUGCCCCGCACCCUCAUGGUGCGCUUCUGGAGCGAGUACUUCACCAGCGACAAGGCGCUCUUCAGAGCCAUGAUGGCCAACACCCACAACAACCCCGAGUCCUCCAACCUGCUGAAGUUCGUCAACUGGAGCAACUUCCUGCCAGAAACGUAUCAUAAGAAAUACAACUACAGCGCUCCUGCCGUGGUGGCGGGAGGCGGCGGGGCGGGAGGAACCGACGGAGCGACUCGGUCUCUGGCCGACCCGAGAGCGUCUCCGCUGCUGGUCCCAGACGCGUCGCUACGCUCGCUGCCCAAAGCCUACAUCCUGACCUGUGAGUAUGACGUGCUGCGUGACGACGGCAUCAUGUACGUGACGCGGCUGCGUGCUGCUGGCGUCCACGUGACUCAUGAACACUACGACACGGGCUUCCACGGAGGCCUGAUGUUCACCGUGUGGCCAACUGACUUCCUGAUUGCACGUCGCAUGACAGACAACUAUAUCAAAUGGCUCAUGGAAAACGUAUAAACACUGACUAUCGAUAUUCAUUCCAAAGUUUCCACACAAUGCGCCAGUGUUUGUGCAUAUUUUUGCAUAUUUUUCCCAUCUGGUGUUCAUUUCUUUUUAUUUCAUCAUGCGGUUUUCUGUAAAUAUAUUGAGAAAUAUAUCAACUUCUUCUGUUUUUCUACUUAAGGAUUUCACCACAAUGGAUGCCAGUAAUGAAGAAUAGUUCUGAAUUAUUCAUAAGGCAGUUUGAUGAAAACACAACAUAGAUGACACCAUCACGAUUGUUCUUAAUGUGUUCAUGUGUUUGUUGUCACACAAACACAAUACGAGCCACAGAGCUCAGAGUGGAAAAACCCAGCUGGCUAGCUGGCCUUUUGUCCUGCUGCUAAUUCUUGUUUCCCAUCACAGGACCUUUUACUUCUACUUAAUCUUUUAUCCAUUGCACCAGUAUUUAUACUGUAAACUAGCAAUGCACUAAAGAAAUGUCAGCUUUCCUAUUUGGAGUUUUAAAAAUCCAGUUGAAGUCUUGGCAAAGGAAGAAAGGAUUUUGGACUUGACCGUGCACUGACUGCAGCUGAUUAAAACCUAAGAUUGUUUAGAUGUGUUUGCAAAACUAAAGCUAAAUAAAGUACAUGGAUGGAACUAAUCCUUAGUUACAUCUGGUAGACAGGGAGAAGCUUGCUGGUAUCGUAGUGAAUAAUAUCUUCACCAGCACAACAUCUAAUUCCAUCUAGUUUCAUUUUCACAUAUUUAAAAGUACAACAAAAACAAUAUUCAAGUCUUGUUUGCUUUUUGAUGGCUGCACAUCAGGGCCACACGUUUAAAGAGCCACAUUCAACACAGAAUAUUGGUAUUUAUACAGAAAGAUCAUGCUGCAACUAUGUGCAUACCUCCAAACGUGAGAUUGAUUUAGCAAUACGUUAAAGAACGGGAGAAAAGCCAAGACAGAAUGUGGGCAACAUUUGAUUUGGAGCCUUAAUAUUGACAGCACAUCAUCAGCACAUCAUCAGUCACAAGUGCAAUAGUCCCUUCUUUGUUCAAGCAUGAUUCUGUUUGUGUUGAGUAAACAGCCUUACCAAAAACUGCAGUCAUUCUGCAUAACAAUAGUUCCCAUUGAUUCAUACGUUUGAGCUUCUACGGGUUAAAAUGAAUAAGCUAGUGAAGCUCCCAAUAUACAGUAGACCUUUGUGUAAUGGAUAUAGACUAUGAAUAGAAGGCUGCUUUAUUAUUAGAGGAACUUGCCAGUUCAAGAUCAGGUGCCAGUUUCAUGAUCAAACUGUGUUGAGGGCAUUAUACUGCUGGUUUCUGUAGCUAUGACUUCACUUUAUUAGUUUAUUAGUCAACUUUAGUCCCUGAACUUCUGCUCUAACUUCAUCCAGAGCUAGUGAGGUUGCAUUUACUCAUCUCUGAGGUCCAACAAUCAUAUAAAGUGGCUUUAAACCGUUCACUCGUCUCUCUUAUAUCUGCUUCAUCGUUCUGUCUUUGGACAACAUCGUCCUGAGAGGUUAAAGGUUAAAGGUCACAAAAAAUAAUCCUGUUCUUUGCAGUUUACUGUUCAGAAACAGUUGAUUUGAAACACCUGGAAGUUAUCGUGUAUAGACUUACCAAUGCUUGAGUUGUUUUCUUUUUAACCUGUUUCUCAUUUAUACAAUGAAAACACAGCAUCACAGAAAGUGUGUAACUUUUUAAUCAAGUGAAAGUUUGUCAGAGAAGCAUCAGCACUGUUACAUUCUGAAUUGUAAAUAGACUCUUUCCAUAUUUCUGGUUUGGAUUCCCUCAUAGAAAAGUUAUGAUUUGCAUAAUUUUUAUUUUCAUGUCAAUAAAUUGAUUUGACCUGUCA